AUGCAGCGCUUUAUUGAUUCCUCGAUUGCAGAGCCUGCUCGCUGGUUUAGCUGGUUUAGCUUCCGAGCACUGCGGCACCGGGAAGGGAUGACAAAUAUCUUCUUUCCAGAGCUUGGCCUCCAGAAAAGAGGAUGCUGUCUGGUGCUGGGCUACAUGGCCAAGGACAAGUUUCGGAGGAUGAAUGAAGGCCAAGUCUACUCCUUCAGCCAGCAACCCCAGGACCAAGUGGUGGUGUCAGGACAGCCAGUCACGCUGUUGUGUGCCAUCCCGGAAUACGAUGGCUUCGUCCUGUGGAUCAAAGAUGGCUUGGCUCUGGGUGUAGGAAGAGAUCUCUCAAGCUACCCCCAGUACCUGGUGGUGGGAAACCACCUGUCAGGAGAGCAUCACCUGAAGAUCCUGAGGGCUGAGCUGCAGGAUGAUGCCGUGUACGAAUGCCAGGCCAUCCAGGCUGCCAUCCGGUCCCGCCCUGCACGCCUCACAGUCCUGGUGCCACCAGAUGACCCCAUCAUCCUAGGAGGGCCUGUGAUCAGCCUUCGGGCAGGGGACCCUCUCAACCUUACCUGCCAUGCGGACAAUGCCAAGCCUGCAGCUUCCAUCAUCUGGCUACGUAAAGGAGAGGUCAUCAAUGGGGCCACCUACUCCAAGACUCUGCUUCGAGAUGGCAAACGUGAGAGCAUCGUUAGCACCCUCUUCAUCUCACCUGGAGACGUAGAGAAUGGACAGAGUAUCGUGUGCCGAGCCACCAACAAAGCCAUCCCUGGAGGAAAGGAGACCUCAGUCACCAUAGACAUUCAGCACCCCCCACUUGUCAACUUGUCGGUAGAACCACAGCCGGUAUUGGAGGACAACAUCGUCACGUUCCACUGCUCUGCAAAGGCCAACCCAGCUGUCACCCAGUACAGGUGGGCCAAACGAGGUCACAUCAUCAAAGAGGCAUCUGGGGAGCUGUACAGGACCACUGUGGACUACACAUACUUCUCAGAGCCUGUGUCCUGUGAAGUGACCAAUGCCUUGGGCAGUACCAACCUCAGCCGCACAGUGGAUGUCUACUUUGGUCCCCGGAUGACCUCAGAGCCUCAGUCGCUGCUGGUAGAUCUGGGCUCAGAUGCGGUCUUCAGCUGCGCAUGGAUCGGCAACCCAUCUCUGACCAUCGUGUGGAUGAAGCGGGGUUCUGGUGUGGUCCUGAGCAAUGAAAAGACUCUGACCCUCAAGUCCGUCCGCCAGGAGGACGCUGGGAAGUAUGUGUGCCGGGCUGUGGUGCCCCGGGUAGGAGCUGGGGAAAGAGAGGUGACCUUGACUGUCAAUGGACCCCCCAUCAUCUCCAGCACACAGACCCAGCAUGCCCUCCACGGAGAGAAGGGCCAGAUCAAGUGCUUUAUCCGGAGCACGCCGCCGCCUGACCGAAUCGCCUGGUCCUGGAAGGAGAAUGUGCUGGAAUCAGGGACAUCAGGGCGCUACACAGUGGAGACAGUGAGCACGGAGGAGGGUGUCAUCUCCACGCUGACCAUUAGCAACAUUGUGCGUGCUGACUUCCAGACCAUCUACAACUGCACAGCCUGGAACAGCUUCGGCUCUGACACAGAGAUCAUCCGACUCAAGGAACAAGGUUCGGAAAUGAAGUCGGGAGCCGGGCUGGAAGCAGAGUCUGUGCCAAUGGCCGUCAUCAUCGGGGUGGCCGUAGGAGCUGGUGUGGCCUUCCUCGUCCUAAUGGCAACCAUUGUGGCCUUCUGCUGUGCCCGUUCCCAGAGAAAUCUCAAAGGUGUUGUGUCAGCCAAAAAUGAUAUCCGAGUGGAGAUUGUACACAAGGAGCCAGCUUCUGGCCGGGAGGCUGAAGACCACACCACCAUCAAGCAGCUGAUGAUGGACCGGGGCGAAUUCCAGCAAGACUCAGUGCUGAAGCAGCUGGAGGUUCUCAAAGAAGAGGAGAAGGAGUUUCAGAACCUGAAGGACCCCACCAACGGCUACUACAGCGUCAACACCUUCAAAGAGCACCACUCAACCCCAACCAUCUCCCUGUCCAGCUGCCAGCCAGACCUGCGUCCUACGGGCAAACAGCGUGUGCCCACAGGCAUGUCCUUCACCAACAUCUACAGCACCUUGAGUGGCCAGGGCCGCCUCUACGACUAUGGACAAAGGUUCGUGUUGGGCAUGGGCAGCUCUUCCAUCGAGCUUUGCGAGCGGGAGUUUCAGAGAGGCUCCCUCAGCGACAGCAGCUCCUUCCUGGACACGCAGUGUGACAGCAGUGUCAGCAGCAGCGGCAAGCAGGAUGGCUACGUGCAGUUCGACAAGGCCAGCAAGGCCUCUGCCUCCUCUUCCCACCACUCCCAGUCCUCUUCCCAGAACUCCGACCCCAGUCGACCCCUGCAGCGGCGGAUGCAGACUCACGUCUGAGGAUCAUGCACUGUGGCGGGGAUGGGCCAGGGGGGAGGACAGGGCACAUCUUUGUUCUCCAAGGACUGGGGCUACUUAGCAGAGGACCCUAGGACUGGCCGCCUCCAGGGUGACCUCCGAGCACCUCUGCCACCACCUUCCUCCGAAGCUCUAAUCAAGCACAAAUCUGUCUCCCAGGUGGGAAAUAAAGAGGAUGCAGCUGAGUGCAUACUGCUCAGGGCUUUGGCCCUUGCUCUCCCCUAAAGGCCCCUCAGCCACCCUGCCCUCCCACAGGCACUAGUGGCAGCUAGAACUUUGCUUUUAUGAAACUGCCGUCCACUCUCCUAGUUCCUCUUGCUGCCCAUAAGCUAUCCCUGGUGUCUGUGUUCCUUACAGCUUUGGGGAACGGAGGACUUUUCCCCAGCGCUGAGUUGCUCCAGAGACCCCAGCUUCCCCACUGUGCAUAGCCUGUCCCACAGAGGCUGAGGGUUGAGAAAUGACCCUGGCCAGCGGAGCAUCUGCCUGGGCGCCCACCCCCUGAUUUGUCUGGUGUUUUGUGACUAUAUUCUGUUCUUGGACUUGAUGCCUCUGAGCUUGGUGGUGGGACUGGCCCGUCAGCCCGGUGUCCUCAGAGCUGAGGAAGGGAAGGAGGGAGAAUGUGAACGCCUGGAGAAGACCUGGCCCCACACACUCUGUUGCAGGCUGUCCAGUGCGGCGCCCUCACCCUCACCCCUGCUUCGUGUUCUCCCUUCCUUCCUGCAGCACAAUCAAGCUGAUCUAAGGAGUGUGAGAACUUCUCUGGCCAGGGUUUGGUGAGCAGUUACCUCAGAGUGCUUCCUGGGAGGUGUGGAUUUGAGGGCCUGAAGUACAGGCUGGAGGAUGAGACAGACUUUUUCAGCUGAUGAACACAAGAAACAAUUAUCCAUUCUCCAGUGGACUGGACUCUGUGCAAGGGGAAACAUUUUUCUGCACCUCUCCCUCCCAUCACGCUCCACUUAAGAAUAAACGGUAGGGCCGUUACCCCCAACAAAA